CGGUGGCAGCGCCCGCAGCAGCGGCCGCGCUCGGCGACCUGCGCAACCCCGCCCGGCCCGCAGUGUCCUGCUGAGAUGGCGAGUGCAGAGCCCGACUCUGAGGAGGCAGCUGAGGCUGAAGAGGCCACCUACGAGGUGAUGCCCUGCGACAGGACCGAGCUGAGCCAGCGCCUGGCUGUGGAGGAGCUCAUCACCACCGAGGCCAGCUACGUCCACAACAUGCAGCUCUGCGUGUCGGACAUCCGGGCACACCUCCAGAAGAAGCAGCUGCCCGAGCUUGACCUGGAAGGACUCUUCUCUAACACCGACGACAUCCUCCAUGUGUCCAGACGGUUUCUGAAGGGUCUGGAGGCCACGGCGGGCCAGGGGCAGGAGCAGCUGCUCUGCAUCAGCACCCUGUUCCAGGAGUUCAAGGAAGAGAUGGAGACCGUCUACAAGAUCUACUGUGCCAGCUACGACCAGGCCCUGCAGCUGGUGGAGAGCUACCGCAGGGACCCCCGGCUGCAGGAGGAGAUCCUGGACACCCUGAAUGCCACCGUGCCUCACACAGGCGCAUCAGACCUCAGCUUCUUCCUGGUGAUGCCCGUGCAGAGGGUCACCAAAUACCCUCUGCUGCUGGGGAAGAUCCUGGAGAACACCCCGAGCAGUGCCAGUGCCCACUCAGCCCUGCAGGCAGCGGCUCGUGCCAUGGCCCAGGUCAAUGCCAACAUCAACGAGUACAAGCGGCGCCGGGAAGUGGCUACCAAAUACAACAAGGCCGAGCACCUGACGCUGCGGGACCGCCUGGCGCGCCUCAACACCCACUCCAUCGCCAAGAAAACCACGCGCCUCAGCCGGCUCCUCAUGCACGAGGCCGGCAUCGUGGCCAAGACUGAGGACAAGGAAUAUGACGACCUGGAAGAGAGAUUCCAGUGUGUGGCAUCCAGUGUGGCCACGCUGAAGGAGAAUGUGGAAUCCUACCUGGGCCAUUUAGAGGCGUUCCUGCUGCCCACCCCACACCGGUGCGAGCUGCAGAUGGACGAGGGACCUGCCCUGCAGCACCGCCGCCUCUCAGAGCUCCUCCAGAGCACCGUUUUCCCAGAGUUUCGUGUGCACAGGUUGGUGUGGCAGCCCCUCUGCAGCCUCUCAGACAUGCUGGAGGGGCCCCAGCAGCUGGUCAAGAAGCGCCUGGACAAGCUGCUGGACUACGAGGAGAUCCAGGAGAGGAAGAGCGAGAUGGGCAGCGUGAGCUACGAUGAGGAGGCAGCCAUGAACACCUACCUGGCCAUCAAUGACCUGCUGCUGGCCGAGCUCCCCCGCUUCAACCAGGUGGCUGUGCAGCUCCUGGGGCAGAUCCUGCGCUCCUUCAGCGCCCUGCAGCUGGACUUGGCUGCCCAGGUCCUGCACCAGGCACAAAAGGAGCUGGAGCAGCUGCCCCAUGGCCACAUGCCCCUGCCCAGCUUCUGGAAGGUGGUGGAGGACAGCCUGCAGCAGUCGGGGGCUCAGCUCCGUGCCUUCUGCCAGGCCUUUGAGACCGUCACCCCGAGCCCUGGCGCACAGCCUCUGACCCCUGCUGAGGAGAGGAAGGUCCUUUCCCUGGUGAGCAAGCACGGCCCAGACAAGCUUUACCAAGUGACCAGCAACAUCAGUGGCAGCAGAGACUUGGACCUGACCUUGCUGAGGGGACAGAUCGUGGCUCUGCUGCAGAGCGCCGACACCAAGGGCAACACGAGCAGGUGGCUGGUGGAUGCUGGAGGUCCCCGAGGGUUUGUUCCUGCUGCAAAGCUCCGGCCCUAUAGCCCAGUGCAAGCCCAGCAGCCUGGGAUGCAUCUGCUGCCCCUGGACAGUGGCACAGAGAGAAGGAGACAUUCCUAUGCAUCCCCCGAAGCUCCCAGGCCACAGGUGGCCACCUUCACCCCAACAUUCCAGGUGGUCGCCGGCUUCUCCUUCGCAGCCAGGAGCCCGCAGGAGGUGACGCUGCAGGCAGGGCAGCCCGUGCUGGUGCUGGAGCCCCACGACAAGAAGGGGAGCACGGAGUGGAGCCUGGUGGAGGUGAACGGCCAGAGGGGCUACGUGCCCUCCAGCUACCUGGUGACGGUCCCCGUGCAGGACCCCGCGGGCUGGAGCUUGCCCGUGUGAGCGCGGCCAGCCCGCACCAGGGGCACAGGAUGGGAGCAGCCAGCUCGGCACCCCAGGGCACCUCACAGGAGAUGCUGCAGGGAGCAGCCCCCGGCUGGGAAGGUGGUGGGAGGCACCUGGGGACACGGCCCAGGGACGUGGGCAUGAGGGUGGCACUUGUGAGGGUGCCGGGUGUGUGUUGGCACAAAGCAAAGCAGCACCAGGGAGCGAGGGCAGGUGGCUGCAGUUUUCCAGGGAUUUGCUGAAAUCCCUGCAAGUGGCAAACGUGUGCUGGGGCUGAUGAGGCAGCGCCGUCCCUGGUUACAGCAGGACCGAGCAGCAAAGGUGCAGCACUGCAGAGGGGUCCUCGGCCAGGCGUGGGGCACCUGGACACCUGGGCACUGAGCACCUGGGCACUGGGGCACCUGAGUGCCUGCGAAACUGGGCACCUGGGCACUGGGGCACCUGAGUGCCUGCGAAACUGGGCACCUGGGUACCUGAGACAUUUGCUACCUGAGGACCUGAGAAGGUGGGCACCUGAGAAUUUGGCUACCUGGGCUCCUGUGUCAGCGCUGCGCUGUGGCCGCCAGAGGGCGCCCCUCACCUGCUCCCAGUGCCCGCCCGGCCCGUACUGGGAGCGCUGGGAGCACUGGGAGCACUGGGAGCUUUGGUGCGGGAGUGCGGGGCCGCAGCGCGGGGGUUCCGCACCGCUCAGGGCACGGAGAUCGCCACUCCCGGGACCCCCCGUUCCCCUGCGACCCGCACAGAUCCCCGAGACGGGUGGAAGAGGUUUUUGGGAGAAUCAAUCCGUGUUGAUCCUGACCUAAGGCUCUGUUUGAGAACGGAGACAGCCUCCCUCCCACCAUUCCCGAGGUGUGCCAGCUCCGUGCCUCAGUUUCCCCCGCUUUCAGGAGAUGCUGGUGGCGCCGAGGCGGGCAGCCGUGCCCACGGCAGCCCUGCCAUGGUGCCAGAGGGGACCCGAGGAGCCCCCCGGGGCUGGCACCGCACGCUGCCCAUCCCUCGCAGUGGAGCUCCCGGCUGGCGUCGGCCCGGCUGCCCUGGCCUCCUGGCUCUGCCCGCAUCAAAGGUGCCCGUGGCGGCUUGGCGAGCGCCCUGCCCUGCCCUGCCCUGCCGUGCCCGGGGCCAGCAGCACGCCCGGCCACCCACGGGCUCCCCACAGGCUCCCCAGGGCUGGUUUGGGGCAGAGUGGGGUGGCUGGGGGGCAGCCACCUCUGCCCAGGUGCCAUUGAAAGCCCCGAGGAGAUGCUCACCAACACCAAAGCUGGGAGGGGACAGCAGUGCCAGGGUUGGGGACAUGUCCUGGGGAUGCUCCCAGCCUGGGGAAAGGCUGAUGGUUUCCCUCAGAAAGGGAAAAUGAGGAGGUCGGGGGUUGUUGAGCAGGGGUUGUGUGUCUUGCCUGCAGCCACAGGGCUCACCCCUCCAGCUCCCUGCAGAUGGCUCCUCUGGAUUUUUCCACCCCUAAUCAAAUCACAUUAGGUCGGGUUUCCCUCCCGAGUCACCUUCCUGCCAGCUCCGUGGGGUGCACAAGCAAUCGGCCCUGUGCCAGGCGGUGGCGGCAGUCGGGCAGCUCCUGCUCCACAGCCCUCGGCUGCCUGAGGCCCUUCAGAGGCUUCGAGGGGACAGUGGCACAGGGGGUGCUGAGCCCGCUGCUGCCUGGGCCCCGAUCUUCCCCCUGGAAGGAGAUGUGGGGUGCUCAGGACUGCACAGGACAUCCAGCAGCGGCUGGUUCCUGCCGGGAAGAGGGAAAUGAGCUCAUGUGGCUUCUCCAGUCUCUGGAUCCCGAGGGGUGAGCUGGGCUCUGCAGUUCCCCCAGUCCUGCUGCCACCCUCGAUGGCCAGGGGACCUUUCCCGGGGGUCUGUCCCCAGGAUGGGGCCUGGUACUUGCCCGCAUCCCUCCUUUGUCCCGUGAAUUCCCGGCGCUGCCGCUGCCCUGAGCCUGGAAGUGCCCUCUGGGAGUCACGGGAGGGCACGGGGCUCUUCCAGCCUAAACAUGAGUGGGGAUAAAGGGCACAAGUGUGCCUUUAAAUAGCCCGUCAAGGACAGGCUCUCCCGGGAAGAAUGCUCUGGCUGGCCCGGCGGAACAUGCCUGUGCCCGCGGGCACGGGGGGACAGCGGGGCAGGGCUGCUCGCCACGAGGGCAGGUCAAGGUUAGGCACGGCCCUGGCCCGCUGCCACCGUGCCACGGCUUGGCACCAGGGGAGCAGAGCCGUGCAAACAGGGAAACGAAUGCCAGGCCAGGGGUUUGCCGUGCCCGGGGCUGAUCUGGAGGUGGCAGCGGAGCCGCCUGUGCUGCCCGCCAGCCCGCACGGAAUUUGGCACCGGCGCUGCCUGGCUGCCGGAGCAGCCUCCGGAGCAGCUCCGCUUGUCCCGAAGCGGCUGCUGCGCUCCUGUCCGGGCUGAUUCAUAUCCUGGACGUGCAGGCAUUUGGAUCUUGUCCAGCAUCGGGCUGGGACAGCGCACGGCCGUGUCCCCAAGGCGCGGGUGCCAGCCCAGGACGGGGCCGCUCCGGCUCUGCUCUGCCUGUCUGCUGCUCCCUGGGGACACUGCGGGGCCACAAAGCACGUCCAGGGUGACAUCCCGGGAUGGCAGGAGGAUGGCUGGGUGCUCAGGUGUCCGUGUGCCCACCGCCUCUGCUGGGGCGCCCCGGGGACAGGGAGGAGAGAGAAAAAGCAGCUGCCGCGCAAACCCCGAGCCCAGGCUCCCAAUGCCGGGCCCCUCCGGGGUACAGAAAGGCAGAGGACACAAAGGGUCGGAGCGGGGAGCCAGGAGGAGCAGGGUGGCUGCCCUGGGCUGAAGGGCACAACCAGCCCGAGUGGCUUUGGGAGCUCGAGUUCUGCCAGGCUGAGCUGGCUCCGAGCAGAGCCAGCCUGUGCCGCAGUGCUCCCGGCCACCCGCCCGUGUGGUGGCCCACGAGGAGCAGCCCGGGCACCCGGGAGAGCCAGCCGGGACCAGCGUGGCCCGAGGAGGGGCUGAGCCCACGCCGAGCGAACCUGGGCUGUGCAGCAGGAGGGGAGCUG